AUGUCUGUGCAGCAGAGGAAAGUGAAGGGCACUCCAUCUGACAUAAAUGUCAUCUACGAGGCCAAGGAUGAAGGGAAAGCCAACGCGGAGGCCGGGCCAGCUGCUAUCAUUGCAGCAUCUCCCAGUGCAUCUCCAUGGCGGCUCUCUGCCAUCAUCCUUGGGCCCGUCUGCCUGAUCUUGCUGAUUCUGGUGAUCGUGAUGGCUCUACAGGUUUACCAGCUGUCCCAGAAAUCCGAGCAAGAGCUGGAGGUCAUUGAAAUGGAAAACAUCAUCCUCUCGGACACUCUGCAGCAGCUGACAACUGGCAAGGAGGACAACUGCAGCACGUGUGAGGUGGACUGGGACCAGCAGGCAGCCAGCUGUUACUCCUUUUCCACAUCCGCGAAAUCCUGGCAUAAGAGCUUAGAUGCUUGUACUGCGAUGUCGGCCAGUCUGGUGAAGAUAGACACGAAGAAGGAGCUGGAGUUCUUGAAACAUGAGAUGUCCAAGCGCUUGUACGUGCGCCAGGGACAGCAAUUCCACUUCAAUUUCUGGACAGGGCUGAACUACGACAACGACAUCGGGAACUGGACGUGGGCUGACGGCUCCCCUUUCUCCUUCCAGCUGUUCCAGGUCCCGGGAGCUGAAGGCUGCGUGUACAUGCAGAAGGGGGACAUCCGCACGCAGAGCUGCGCCAAAUGGGAGGUUUAUAUCUGCGAGAAGCCAGCCAAGUUCGGGGGGAACUGA